CUCGGUAGAAAACUGAUCCAGAUAUGCAGGCAUAGUGGAUACUAGGUGAUUUAAAAAGAGGAAAAAGUAAAUGACCUUCACCUUGCAGACUGGACACGUUUUCGGAGUUCAUUGGACUUUAUCAAACAGACGACGAUGGACGAGGGUUUGUUGGAAGGAGAAGGAAAUUUAAAGUCUUGUCUCGAAGACUGGAGUGAACUCAACAAAGAGUUCACGCAACUCGAGGCUUCACAUGACCGUUACAAGAAAGUGCUUGAGGAAUUAUGGGAUGCCCAGAAAAAAUGUCUAUCCGGAAUUGCUCAUCAUCGAUAUCGAAUGAAGCAGAUUACUGAAAAGAUGAAUAGAAUAAAUGAGAAACCCGAGACAGAGGAGGCACUCAAACAGCUGAGAUCUGAGAUGCAGGCGAGGAAGUCACAGUUCAGGGAGAUGGAGGAGUUCUUACCACACAAAAACGGGAUAUACCUCAGUAUUAUCCUGGGCUCUGUCAGUGUUUCUCUUCUGAAUAAGGAGGACAAAUAUGCAUACAAACAUAACUACGAGACAUUCAAAGCCACAGUGAGCUACAUCAGUCUAGCCUUGUCACUAGUUCUUAUGUUUGUCACAGAGUACAGGUGGUUUGAUGCUGUCCUGCAUUUUCUCUUGGUCUGGUAUUACUGCACUCUGACUAUCAGAGAAAACAUCCUGAUAGUCAACGGGUCCAGAAUUAAAGGUUGGUGGGUGACCCAUCACUUUAUAUCCACUGUGUGUGCAGGACUAACUCUUAUAUGGCCAGACAGCUAUACCUACAAAUACUUUAGAGGACAAUAUUUAAUGUUUAGCAGCUAUCUUAGUUUUCUAUAUAUAGUUCAGUUUUUCUACCAGAAGGGGGCGCUCUAUCGAUUGAGGGCACUGGGUCAGCGGCAUGAUAUGGAUAUCACUGUAGAGGGCUUCAUGUCUUGGAUGUGGAAGGGGAUCUCAUUUUUGCUGCCAUUCCUGUUUGCUGGUUAUUUCUUCCAGUUGUACAAUGCCUAUGUACUGUAUAGACUAUCACAAGAUCCCCUUUGUAAAGAAUGGCAGGUUUUGUUCCUGGCCAUUAUACAUCUAAUCCUUUCUGUGGGAAAUAUUACCACAACCUUAAAGGUCGUGAUAGAUAAACUUCGUACAAACAGAAGACAGGAGCUAGCAAACAAGUACAGGUUUAACUCUCACCAGAAGAAAGAGAUGUAGACAUAAGUUAUUAAAGAUCAGCAGGAUGGGAAGUUAGGACAGUAGAGGAGGGGGCCCUGUUAUACCCAGACAAAAGUCUGUCUACUGGACACAGAGGGAGGGAUCCUACGCUGCCCCAGAAUGUGGUUAUGUCAAAAAAUUGUUUUGCUUUAAGCAAGAUAUUAGGCCAGUUUGAAUAGUAUUUUGAAUUUAUUGAGACUACUACAAGUUGAAAAAUUAAAUAAUUUGAUUUAUCUGGAAACAUUUGUACAUUGAAUUUAUUUUUCCCCUUUCUACAUUGCUACAGUAGCCACAAGGUUUUAUAUACAUGAUUUUGCGCAAUUAAACCUGAUUUCAAACCUUCCGCAUGCAGGAUCAAGAUGAUUGCAGUCAUAAAUGCACUUGCAAGAUUCUUAAUCAAAAUGGUUUUAAAAAUAAACAUGGUAAUUCAAGUUUAAAAUAAAAUAUAAUCAUUUGCAAAGAAAAAAUGAUAAAAGUAUUAUAAAGUACAAAAAAACUAGCUAUAGCUGCCUCAGAAAAAGUAAAUGAGUAUUUGACUCUUCCAAUUAAAAUGAUGAAUGUGUUUCACAGUCCCAUUUCUUAUAGUUAAUAAAAUUAUAAAUAGCUGUUAAAUUAUUUCUUUGAUUUUAAGUUGUUAUUGAAAUUUAAUUUAUACUUAAAUGAAAAUUUCAAAAGUUGAAGAAAAGUACAUGUAUAUGAUCUAGGACAUAACAUGAAGACAUCAACACAUUAAGUUUCUCAGCAUAUGGAUCCAAUUAUGGGUUGUGAUGUUAGAGUUCCUUUUAUAUGUAUUUUUUUUUUUCAAAUAAAUAAAUAUUCUAAAUUUAUAUACAUUUAUUGUAUAGUGCAUAAUACUUUAUAAUAUCAAUGUAACAGUUAUGUCUCAUUUUAGAUUAGAAAAAUAAAUAUCAAUAUGGAAUGUAAAAAAUUUAUUGUAAUACUACACAUUUAACAGUCCCCAAAUGAAGCUCUGAGCUAUAUCACAGUGUAGCCAUAAUUGAAAGGUCAUGAGUAUGGGGCAGUGAUGGUGCUAAUUAUUAUUGCUGUUAUGUGCUAUAUAUGAUUGUUGUGUUGUUAUUUGUUCAUUAAAUGAAACUUUUUUACUUAAUAAAAUUUCAAAAAAAUA